AUGAUUGUCGAUAAGCUAAAGCUAUCGUCAAGCACCGGUUCCUCUCCGUCAUCUGCCGAAGAUGAUGUCGAUAUCACCACAACCACCCAAACAACAACCUCCACCAGCUCACCAGUCACCAACCCACAACAAAACUCAUUGAAGCGAACACACGACGAAGCCGAUCUUGAUAAAGAAUAUUUUACUAGCGAUGGUGAGAAACUGCUCUGUUUCUCCAAAGAUCUCAAGGAAAUCCAACUCUACCGUUUCCUUGGUUCCUCUCCCAAAUAUCCAAAGUCAACCACCAAAACUCAAAAGGAAGCCAUCGACAAAAACUUUAAUACCUAUUUUCGAUUAAUUUAUCAAACCGUUAUCCCUCCAUUUAACGAAUUCUUAUGUAAAGACUUUUCAUUAACAACCGCUUGUGGAAAAUAUUUUAUUCUUUCAUCAUAUGGACAAUCAAUAAAUAGUAACAACAAUAAUAAUAUAAAUAGAGCAGAGAUGGAUACAUUUAUUAGACAAUCACAAUCCAAUUCGAUCAACUUGCCCAAUCCCGAAGAUAUCACAUUCUAUUUGGUUAGAAUCUCAGAUGGUGUGGUUUGUGAUAAACGAACUUUCAAGAAGGAUGUCAUUCAUUUGGCGCAUCACUCUGGAGUUUAUUUAUACCAAGACUUUUUCAUUGUACUCAGUCUUCAGUACCAAACCAUCCAUAUCUUCCAGAUCAAAGGAUCUAAAUUUGUAAAUAUUCGCUCAAUUGGACCUCACUGCAAUGAAGAUGACCAACUGGAGAUCGACUCAUUGGAGAAUGCUGAAAAGUCAUUCAUCCCAAUGGUACACGAGAAACAGCAGAAAGCAGAGCAAUUGGCUUCAAUUCAACCAUUUUUAAAAACCAGUGAUAUAAAUAGUAAAUCAACCACCUCCACUGUAUCGUCAACAUCAUCAUCGUCAACUACCACUACUAAUACUACCAACAAUGUAACAUUUUCAGUAACAAACAACAACAACAAUAACGCUAACAACAUCAACAACAAUAUUCCGAAUAAUACCAAUAAUAUAAAUAAUAAUCAACCGCAAACAACUACAACAACCACCACCACCAACAAUCAAUCAUCACAAACAAACAAUACCGAUUCACUUUCAUAUAAUCAUAGUCUGCCCAGUGGAAAUCUUAUGGGUAUCAAACAGAGAUUCCUCAGCUAUCUAUACAAAAAAGCUGCCACUUCUCCCGAUCCCAAAAAGUCACUCAGUCUAUAUUUUUCACUUUUCCCCCAAUAUUGUAAUUUAGUGAUGUGGAAGAUGCAAUCAUUGGACGCUUCUCACCUCCUGAUCAAGUUUGGACCGAUUGACGGACUGCUCGGCAGACUUGCCGACUACUGCAACCAGAUCAGCUUCUUUGUUGUCUACAACAUGCACACCACCGAAGUGAUCGGUGUCUACGAGAACAGCAACAAGGAGUUUGCUAAGACUUUUGAACAGUUUUGCGAACACUUCCGUGCUUGCAGUUGUCCAUCGGGUCUCAUCAAGUUCCGUUCGACCUGCUCCAACAACAUCUUUGUGCGUGAACACCUCAUGAAGCAGAAACUGGCAGUGGUGAAUGCGCGCUACGGUGGUGAAACACAAGCCGUCAAACGAAUCCUCUCGGCACUGCCAUUCUCACCGCAGUCUUGGAAUGAAUCACCAUACUUUGACAAAUACCUGUUUAGCUACGACGAGAAGAUGAUCUCGUCGACCGAGCGACCCAAACCACUCGUCGACUACCCAAUCAAAUUCUACUCGCGUUUCGGUGGCGAAGUCAAAUUCAAGAUGAACAACGGCAUCCAAGACAAGAACGACCGGCAAUCCAAGAAAUACGCAACCUAUAUAUUCCAUCCAUACUGUCCAUUCAUAAUCUCACUCCAACACAGCUCGGCGACCAACACAUUCGUGGCGAAUUUCCAUUUCAAAUCCGAUGAUCUCGAGGUUGAAAAGGAUUUUCUAUCGGAUAGCUCCACCGAUCAACAAUAUGAAGAUGAAAAUGACAGUUAA